AUGUCACUGUUUCUAACAACAGUAGUAAACCCUGAUCCAGGAACUACCGAUAUUAAUAAUGUUUUCUCACUAAAUCCCCUUAACUCUACAUCAAAUAAUGACAUUAGUGAUACAUUUUUUCAAAUUCAGAAACUGUAUCAGCUACAGAUCAAGGGAUAUUGGGAGUUAGUGAGUUUGAAACAAUACAUUGAUCAGAAACUUGUGCCACGGGGACUUAGACCAGAAAUCCCUUUACCAGAUAAGAUAACCACUGAGGAACAAAAACAAGAAUGGAAUGGCAUUCUCUUAGAAUGUUCUGAGAAAUUAAUGAAGUUCCUAAUUAAACUUGAAUCUCAAAGUUUAGAAAAUACUAAUUUGAAUUUGGAGAAAGAACUAGUGACGGUAAAAACUUUUAAGGACAAAGCCGAAUUUCCACUGAUGGAAAAUAAACUUCAGAAAAAUUUAGACUCUUUUAAAAAACAUGUUAAGGAGAAAAAACACAUCAAGUUUGUCAGAGACUAUAAAGACUUUAAGGAGGGCAAUAUCUUUCGAACUAGAAGAAAGUUCAGAUCCCGUACCUCAAGCAUUAAUGGUUCAACAUCAGGUAAUACCGACUGGACUGAUUCUGACUCAGGUUCAUCCAGGUCAUCUAGAAAACAACGUAAUAGAGAAUAUCCAAACAAGAAUAGAGGUAGAGGCAUCUUAAAGCAACCUAAUAGAAAUGUCAAUUUCUCUGAGAAUCCAGUGACUGAUAAUCAGGGGUCAAAUAACCCAAUAGAGAACACCACAAGACCCCCUUUUUCAUCUCCUUUUUUAGAGGAGGAUUGGCCAGUUCCAAUAGGGGGCAGAUUACGAGACCGAAACAAAUGGGGCUACAAACCGGACAAACGGACAAACUAG